AUGGUUGGUGACCGACCGCUAAGAGCUGGAGAUAGUGCAAUAGAAAGUGUGGAGGUCGGUACUGUACUUUCUACGGCUGUGCUACUUCCAGCCGAUAUGAACCAAAUGGCCAAGCUGCAUGAAUAUGAGAACUUUGCGCUCAUGAUGCAGCACUCAAUUUUGGCUAUCCAACAUACGCAUUCUUAUGCAGUCAAGGCCGAGUUAAUAAAGAAGGACUUGAUUGCUCAAGGCAAGGCCGAGGCUAAAGCCGAAGAAGCUGAGUCUGCUGCCGAAGCAGCCAAGGCCAAGGCUAAGGCUAAGGUUGCCGAGGUCAAAGUCGUUGAAGCCGAAGAAAAGCUCAUGGAGACUCUGGAUAACAAAGAGGCUGAGAUCAAGGCGACUGAUGAAAAGGCCUAUGCCGAAAGUCAAGCUGAUGCCGAGGUUGAAGACAAAGUUGAAGCCGCAACUGAGGUUAAGGUCGAUGCAAUGGCCAAGUCCCCUACCCUCAAUGAUCAAGUCCUGGACUUGAUCGGAGAGAACGAGGACGAGGUCCCUAAGAGUGCCUCACCCAAAAAGACAACUUCUGAGGCUGAGGUCCAGGCCGUCGAGAAAAGCCUUGAAGAGACCCUAUUAGAGAUUGACGCUAAGAUUCAGGCCGACAAAUCUGCCCAGCUGACUGCCGAGGUUGAAACACUGUCAAUCAUUGAGGCAAGACAGUUUGAGGAAAACAUUAGAGACUCAUGUACUUAG